CUAAUUACAAUUUGACAACAUAUUACAGUAUUAUUGGCAAAAAUUUGGGUUAGACUUCCGUUGCCUGCGAUUCCCUGGCGUGAUAUCCUCCGACACUAACCCCGGGGGCGGAACCACUGAUUACGCGGUUUCCAUCUUUCACGAGGCCUUAAAAUUUGGAAGAUAUGAGUGCUAUUUGAAACCCGACACAAGACUUCCGAUGAUGUAUAUCGACGACUGUUUGCAGUCAUUGAUGUCUAUUAUGGAAGCAUCUGAUGAUAAGUUGGCACAAAGAACUUAUAACGUGAAUGCCAUUAGUUUCACUCCUAAAGAACUCAUUGAUGCCAUUAAGAGAUAUGUCCCCGACUUUAAAGUCUCUUAUAAAGUGGAUAACAGACAGGCUAUCGCUGACAGUUGGCCUAGGUCAUUGGAUGACUCGCAUGCACGCCGAGACUGGGGUUGGGCUCAUAAAUACGAUUUGGACGCCUUAUGUAACAUAAUGUUCACUGAUUUGCAAAAGAAGUACAACAGUCCGCACAUCAACUCAACCUUUUUGAACAAUAAACUCAAUGAAGAAUCGGCCAAUUCUAUGGCAGUCUCUGCUUAUUAAUUGCUCACAAAUAUUACAUUUUAAACUAUAUUUAAAUGCCGGUAAUUUAAGAAUAUGUUAUAUAUUCUGUAUUACGGUAAUUAUAAUUAUAUCAUCAAACAAUCUUUAAUAUACACAUAAUUUAAACGAAUUUAAAGCAAAGAUUUUGGCAG